AUAUAUAUAUCGAUACCUUCCCUGAAGAAUGUAUUAAACGACAUUCUCAAAAUUUGUAUAGACUUAAAACAAACUUGCUGUUCAUUUCAAAGAAAUGAAACUACAAUUACUGCCUAGAAUCAUUUUUAUUAAUAUUUUACAAUUUGAUUGCAUUAUAAUCAUUAACCCUCUUCCGCAACCGGACCAAAAAUUGACUUAGAAGUUUUAAACUUGAAUAAAUUAACUUUUUCAAUAUGAUUUUUCAUAAACAAAAAAUCCUAACAGAAAACUCCUUGAAGUUGUUGUGAAGUUUUUUUUAUCUUUUGUUUGUGUUUGAAGGAAGUUGAAAUCCCAUCUCUAAAAGCAUUAAUGCUUCAAUAAUUUAUUUUUAAAUUUUUUCUAGGACUUCUUUCUCAUCCGCUACUUCGUCUACUCCGUCAGUAGUUUCAUUGGGAAAGUUAAUAAGAGUUAAUCAUAAAAUGAUUUGUUUCAUCUGUAAAGAUAAUAUAUCGUCUAUGUACGCGUUUAUAGCACAUUUAAAAAAAAGACAUGAUCUAAGUACAUAUAGCACUUUUAGGUGUAUGGAAAGUAAUUGCAAGCAGUCCUUUCAAAAUUUGGGAAGUUUUAAAAAACAUUUAACUAGAAAACAUUUUCUAACACAACCAACACAACCUAUAAAUGGUACUAGUAGCUCUUAUCAAGAAAAUAUAAAUCAAAAUAUAAUUUUCGAAAGCAAUGCGACACUUAACUGCUUUCAAGAAUGCUCGGACAAUUGCGAAAGUAAAAUUCCAGAAGUUAAGAAAUUCAAUGUCGAAAACAGUCUGAAUGAACUUUUUACUUCUGCGACUGGGUUCGUUUUGAAAUUACAUAAUAAUAACAGUUUUUCAAGAAAAAAUAUUAUUGAAAUUCAAGAAGGUAUACAAAAUUUUAUUUUGAAUCCUAUCGUUGAAUUGCUGAAAUCAUUUUCAAAUGAAUACUUUGCGAACAAAAACAUAGAAGUCCAUAACGUAUUUUUGAGUCUAAUAUCAAAGUGUCGCAACCCUUUUUAUUAUUGCAAUACUGAAUACAAACUAUUUAACUGGCUACAAAAUAAUAAUUUUUUAGAAAGCAUAAACGAAUUUUCAGUAAACAAUGAGAUCAAUGCAGUUUAUCGAGAUGGGAACCUAACGUAUGACGAAGAUAACACUAAAGGUGUUUUAAUGCCAUUAAAGUUUCAAUUCCAAAAAUUUUUUGAGAGUGGUGACAUUUUCAAAAAUACCAUUCUUCAUAUGCAAAAUUUAAGUGAAGAAAACAAAAUUUCAAGUUUCAUUCAAGGUGACCUCUGGAAGCAAAAAAGUAGUUUGUACCCAGGAAAAAUAAUUAUCCCUUAUUUUCUAUACUCCGAUGAUUUUGAAAUCAAUAAUCCAUUAAGUUCUCAUGCCGGGGUUCAUUCGAUAUGUAAUAUUUACUAUUCUUUUCCCUGCCUCCCGUGGAAAGAAUCAAAGUUAGAUAAUAUUUUUUUAGCAGGAAUCAUAAAAUCUAAGGAUUUAAAGUCGUUUGGAAAUGAAAAGUGUUUUCAAACUUUAAUACAGGAGCUUAAAAGUCUUGAAGUCGAUGGGGUUGAUAUAACAAUUAAUGGUCAAAAUAAAAAAAAGUUCAUUUUGUUUUGGGAAUUGUGUUAGGAGAUAAUUUGGGUUUGAACACAAUUUUAGAUUUCAAUAGAUCAUUUUCAGCUAAUUCUUAUUGUAGGUUCUGUAAAGUCAAAAAAUCUGAAGCGCAGACGCUAUCAGUUGAACGAGACGAUCUAUUACGAAACCGUAGUAACUAUCAAAAUGAUGUUCUUUUAAACAAUCCUUCUGAAACUGGCAUACAAAGAUAUUCACAACUUAAUAAAAUACCAUCGUUUCAUGUAGUAGAAAAUUAUUGCGUUGAUCUCAUGCACGACUUAUUUGAAGGGGUUUGUCAUUACGACCUUUGCAAUAUUAUUACAUAUUUUAUCUAUAAAGUUUCUUAUUUUACUUUGGAAACCUUUAAUUUAAGAAAACAAACCUUUCAAUACGGUCCAAUAGAAAUUGAUAACAUAUCAGGUGAAAUAAAAAUUAAUAAUUUAAAAAAUAAACAUUUAAAAAUGACAGCAAGAGAAAUGAUGACAUUCAUUUCUUAUAUUCAGAUAAUGAUCGGAGAUUUAGUUCCACAUGAUGACGAGGUAUGGAAAUUUCUGCUCAACUUAAUUGAAAUAAUUGAUAUGCUGCUUUCUUUUGAAAUUUGCGAUGACAUCAUCUCAAUGUUGAAAAUAAAAAUUGAAACUCACAACAAGGAUUAUGUUCGUCUUUUCAAUGACACUCUGAAACCAAAACAUCAUAAUUUAACUCAUUAUCCUACUGUUCUGAAACAAUCCGGACCCAUUCGGAACUUUUGGUGUUUUAAAUUUGAAGCUAAGCAUAAAGAAUUUAAGCUUUAUGCUCAUGCUAUUACGUCUCGUAAAAAUAUUUGUGUGACCCUAGCAAAAAAAUAUCAGCUAAAAACAGCAUUUAAGUUAUUUAAUACCCUAGAUCACUUUCACAGCAUUUUUUUUAUCUGUGAAGCAAAUAAAAAAGAAAGUAAUUUUAGAAAUCUUGUAUCAGAUAUUUUGAAAGUACCGUCAGCGGACAUAGAGUUUUACUCUAAAGCUGAAAUCCAAGGCUACAAAUACCAAAUAAAAUUUUAUGUAGCCCAAUUUAAAUCAGAUGUAGAACUGUUUGUUAUAAUAGACAUUAUUCUUUUGAAAAAAAAAACAGUUUUCUUGUUUUGCCAAAAAAUUAAUAAAAUUCAAUACAAUCCGCAUUUAUUAUCUUUUGAAAUCGACGAAAACGAGUUAGGGAGAUUUUCAAUUAUAUCUUUAAAAGAUCUCAUUGGUCCACCAAUAACCUUAAUAAAAACUGCUGAAGGUAAAACGGUUAUAAGACUUAAGGAAUAUUUUGUUUCUAAUUAUCAGAUAUGAAUCGACGAGUCAUUAUUUUCCAUUUCAUUAAUCAAAUUUGUCUUAUCAAAUAUAAAUUAUAAAUAAUUCAAAAUAGCUUUCAAAUAUAGUAUUUAAUAACAGAUGAUUCAAAAAUAUACAUAUUAACUCAACUUUCAAUGAUACAAAACUAAAUAUAACAACUAGUGAAAACUCUGACAUAUUUAAAAUAUUCUGUUAAACAAUGGAGUAGGUUUAAUCUAAGGAAAUGGCAACGCCGCCGACCAAUAUUACUGAAGAUGAAGUUUUCGAUGAGUAUGUGAUUGAGGAUGAAAAUGAAAAUCAGGAUGAGGACGAGGAUGAGAAUGAGGGUGAGGGUGAGGAUGAGGAAAACAUUGAAAUUAUAAAGAAUUCAGUAGAGUUACCAUCAUCACAAUAUGAAUUGGAUUCAAUUUUAUCAAGCUGCCAAAAAACGACUAAUAUACGAGUAGUAGAUGAUGAACUCACAAAUUUAUUAAAAGAUUGGGGCCACCUGGAAGUUUUGGAUCAUUUCAAGAGUAAGUUUAAACUUUAUUAGGUUACGGGUUUUGCCACAAAAUAUACCUUAAAUAUUUGACCUCUAUUUUAUUUUACAAUAAAAAAAAAUAUGAGUAAGUUGUAGUAAUUUACUGGUAUUUAAACUUGACCCAAGUCAAAAGCUAUCGUUUUUCUGUGGGGUUCUUUUCAAAAAUAUGUUUUUUGAAUAGAAAUUAUGAAAUCAACUUGGAGUUAGUUAAUCUUUUACACAACAAAACUAUGAUGGUUUCUUGUUUUUGGUACUUCAAUAAUUUGCCUUAUCAUAUGUUACACAUUAUCGUAAUUCAAAUGACUUUCAAGAUGCUUUUAUAAAGGAAGCUGAAAGAAUAUUGAGAUUUUUUAUUUCAAAGAUUUUCCACUUUAUAACACCCUACCGCUAAACGAAGCUAUUGAAAUAAAACUAUAAGUUAAUUCUAACUUUGCUUAAGAUAAACAAUUUAAUUUCACUCUUGCAGAGGAACACAUAGAUAUUGAGGUUUUGAAAAAUAUUGAGUGCCACCACCUGGGAGAAAUUAUGAAACCGUUUUCGUACGGAAAAUUGAUUUUGUUUGAGGCCAAAUUAAAAGAGUGGCGAAGCGCGCUUGGAAAGCCGCUUUUAUUGUACCAAACUUCAUUUAGGCCGCUUCAAAACUCACAAUGCUCAUCUGAAGCAUCUUUCUCGGUUGUAUCGACACCGACCACGCCAAAAUCAUCUAGAUCAGAAAAUUCUCCGAACUCCAUACCUUUAGGCGAAAUUUUGAACAGCAAUCCCAAAACUUUGGCAUUAGCUGAAAGCUAUGAGAAGUCGAAAAAAUUUCAGGAACACCAAAGGAAAGAACUUAUCAAUGCAAUAGCCAUUUAUUUUGACCAGAACAACCUUCAUUUGGAUUUACAUUCAAGUUACAAAAUUGAACAGGAGAUUUUAGAAAGAUUCCCGACUGAAAAAUUGGAAUAUUAUCGAACAAGUAAAAGGGGUAAAAUUUACGCUAAGUUUUGUAACAUUAAAUCCUCUUCAAGAACAAAUGUAACGAAUAAAUCCAAAUGAUAACUUGUCAUGUGAGGAGUUUGAACGUAGCUGGAAGGCAUGUAUAAACCACAGGCUCUUGGAAAUAAAAAACGCUUCUUCCACCUCUGAGAUUCUCAAUAAAUGGCCUCAGUAUAAGCUUCCAUCUGGCCAUCGCUUUGUUGAUAUAGACUAUAGUUAUUUGUAUCCAAAUGCCGGCUCAUUUUUGAACAAUUGGGAAACACUGGGGGAAAAACUUCUUAAAUUUCUCUCUACUGAUAACCGUGUCAAGGAAAAGAAUAUACGAGAGGUUCUAAUCAAAAUUAAAACAGCAGAUUCAUCUGAAAGUUCGUGCUUAGUUUAAAUAUUUUUAAGUACAACUUGUAAUUAUUAUUUUUUACUAUUCCAAGUGAUUAGUAAAUAUAAAUUUAUACUUAAAAAUACACUAUCAUACAUUUUAAUAUAGCUAUGUAUAAAUAUAUAAUUAUUGUAUCAAAUUGUUGUUAAAAGCUUUACUGAUUUUGGUAUUUCUGUGGUUGGCUUUUUUUCAGACUGUAAAGAUGCGGCAUUACUUUGGGCUCUGCAUGGAUACUUUGUACCUUUCCAAAAAGUUAUAAAAAAAGACAUAGAUGGUAGAAAACACGUUAUACGACAUACCAUCAAGGACUCGCAGAAUUCAUUCGUUUGGAUAGGCAACACAAUUCAAGCUAUAGAAGACCAUAUUGCCUUCCUCAACAAAAUGGGUGAGAAUAUCCAACCAUUCAUUAUUGUUCACGGUGUGUCAAUCUUGAAUUUUUCUGAAAUUUUUCUCUAUUUUGAUGGAGUUAAAUUUCCGUUUAACAGUUUCAUCCGAGCAGUGGAUAUCUGUUACAAAAUUUUUUAUUUAUUUAAUCUGGAGUACCCAACCGCUUGUUCCUCCUUUUGGGGUUUUAUAGAAACGCAAUACCAUCAAGGUAAUAAAAAAAAAUUGUGCGGAAAGACUCAUGUUUUGCUUAAUGAGAUCUCAUAGUUUCACUGAAUUUCACUUUACUUUACUGAUUGUUUCACUUUAUUUAUUUAAAAAAAAGUAUAGGUAUGCAAAGGCUCAUGUUUUGAUAAAAUCCUUAUAAUUUAACUUAAUUCCACUCCUUAUAAUUUAUUUGACUGAUUAGAAUGUAAUUUAAAUGAAGAUAAAUUAAAUAAAAAAAUGUAUGAAUGCACAAAUGCUCAUGUUUUGUUAAAUGAGAUCAUAAAAUUUCAAUUCUUAUAUGUAUUUUGAUUCAAAUUUCACUUAAUAUCACUUUUUAUAAUUUGUUUCACUUUCUUAUCUGAAGAUAAAUCUACAAAAUAAUGUAAUAAAAUUUUUCCUGCCAUUCAUUUGGUUUAUUUGAACAAUAAAAGAGUUAAUGUAAAUAUAAAUAUUUCUUUAAUUUAACCUUUAAGAUUUCAGAAAGGAGAAGAUUAGAGAUGAAAAACCGAAUGUACAGGUUUGUAAAAAUUGAAAACGGCGAUUCACAUUAAUUUUUCUUUCUUUUUCACAGAUCUCGACCUAAUAAAUUUAGAAAGCUAAGCUUCCAUGACUAAUUUAUUUGUCAGUUGAUUUUUUUAAUUUCUUGACAGGAGAUUAAAAAUUCUUUGACAAAGAAAUAAGACUAUACGAAAUUUAACUUUUUAAAUUUAUUGAAAACAGUGCCUACGUUCUAUAACGCUUGCAUGGAAAUAAGUUGUAGAAAAACAAUUUGAAUCAAAAUGAAAUUUGUACAAAAUUUCAUUCGAAUUCACAAUGUUUUUCGAGCACUUAUGACGGUGCAAGAGUUACGGAACGUAGGCCUGUGUUCAUAAAAUUAAUGAACGCGUUCGUUAAAUUAAUGAACACGUUCGUAAAAUUAAUACGAACGUGUUCAUUGAUUUUACGAACGCGUUCAUUAAUUUUAUGAACGGGU